AUGGCGGAGGCGGCGCCCGAGUGGGCCUCGCUCUGCGAAACUUUCCGCAGCGCCCUCAACCUCUCCUACGUGGAGUCCAAGAAGGACCCGGACGCCGAGCCCUACCGCUCCAAGUACAGCGCGCGGGAGCUGCUCGAAGGCCUCAAGCAGCUGCUCGGCGCCGGGGAGGCCGGAGAGGCCGAAGGCGCUCGCGGCCCUGGCGAGGAGGAGGAGGGCGAAGGCGAGCGGCAGCGACGCGCGGUGCGGCUGGCCGUGGUCGAGUACGAGCUGGGGGUGAACCACACCGACACCCAGGAGUGCUCGGCCGGCGAGGAGCACCUGGCCAAGUGCCUGCAGCUGCUGGAGCGGCACCGCCUCUCCCGCGAGUGCGUCUCCCUCUACAUCCAGGCCCAGAAUAAUUUGGGUAUCCUCUGGUCAGAAAGAAAUGAUAUUAAAACAGCACAGAUUUAUCUGGAAUCUGCAGAGGCUUUAUAUAAUCAGUACAUGAAAGAGGAUGGGAAUCCUCCACUUGAUUCCACCGAACAUUUCAUGACAGAAGAGAAACUCUCAGAUCAAGAAAGAUCAAAAAGGUUUGAGAAAGUCUAUACACAUACCCUGUAUUAUCUGGCCCAAGUCUACCAACACCUGGAAAUGACUGAGAAAGCUGCACAGUAUUGCCACACCACUCUCAAACGGCAGCUUGAGUACAGUGGUUACUACCCAAUAGAAUGGGCCCUCAAUGCAGCCAUUUUGUCUCAAUACUAUCUCACCAAGCAAUGUUUCAUGGAGUCUAGGCAUUGUUUAGCAGCUGCCAGUGUCAUCAUUGGCCAAGCUGGACACGUGCCAUCUGCAGAAGACAAUGAAUCAGAACAAGACCAGCAAGAUCUUCGACAGAAAAAAGCUGAGAUUGCGAGAUGUUGGAUUAAAUACUGUUUGAACCUGUUACAGGGGGCCCGAAAGCUGCUUGAGGACAACAUUGGUGAGCUGGAUCCAGACAGGCAAGUGGAACUGAAAGCCCAGCAGGAAAAAGAGGAGGAUGAGAAGGAGAAAGGAAGAAAGAAGGCUGUUCUUUUUGGAACUAGUGAUUUGUGUGAUUCUAUUUUGGCCAUGGAAGAGAAAGUGAGCUGUGUGUUUGCGUUAGACUUCAAAGAAGCCAGAGAAGUCUUCUUAGUAGGUCAGAACUAUGUCAACGAAGCCAAAGAGUUCUUUCAGGUAGAUGGGUAUGUCACCGAUCACAUUGAAAUUGUCCAAGACCACAGCGCUUUAUUUAAAGUGCUGGCUUUCUUUGAGGAAGAUUUUGAGAGGCGUUGCAAGAUGCACAAGCGUAGGGUCGAUAUGCUGGAGCCUCUGUACUCGGGCUUAAAUCCUCAGUACUACCUGCUGCUCAGCAGGCAACUUCAGUUUGAAUUGGCAGACACCUAUUAUGAGAUGAUGGAUUUAAAAGUAGCCCUUGGCAAUAAACUCGAAGAGCUCGAUUCCCACACAGUAAAGAAAAUAAACUCACUUGCUCAGCUGGCAAUAAAAUUCUAUGAACUCUUCUUGGAUUCACUGAGGAACCCCGAUAAGAUUUUCCCAGAGAUCCUUGAGGAGGACGUCCUUCGCCCUGCAAUGGUGGCCAAAUUUCACAUUGCCCGCCUUUAUGGCAAGCUGAUCACUGCAGAUGGCAAAAAGCAGUUGGAGAACAUGCAGACCUCCUUGGAAUAUUACUCAUUUCUAGUAGAUUACUGCGAGAAGCACACAGGUGCCGUCCAAGCUAUUGAAACUGAGCUAGAACUGAGUAAAGAAAUGGUGGGUCUCCUUCCAGCCAGAAUGGAAAGGCUAAGAGCAAAGCUUCCAACUGUCACCUAACUUCUUUUAUUUCCAUGGCAGUGUGCAAUAUUAACAUGAUGUCUGUCUAAAGAGAGAGUGUCGCUUACGACAGUUUCUCUGUAGUAAUCCAACACAUAUUUUUUUUUGCAAAUACCUGCUGGGACAGGCAGCAUGGAACCUGUUUCAGACUGACAACUGUCCAGUGUAGUUGCUCUCCCACACUUCAAUAUUAAAUAUCCAGUGAGUGGUCAACUGAUGCUCUGUACUGUUUGCACCCUUCUGACACGCGAGCCUUCCUGCCUUACAUUUUUCUCCUUCCACUGCAUGGCCAGUUUCCAGCUGCAGUGUUGUUUUCCAGCAGUUUCCUAUACUAGGGAACGUUUUGUACAGUCCUAGCUAUCACUGUAACCUAGGCACUUGGCUGUGUGGCACUGAUCGAGAUUUAGCUUUAAGAUUUUUGUUAACAAAUCACUAAUUUAAUUUAACUGUGUCAUUUUUGUAUAUGUUGUCCUUCCGUCCCCUUUUAGAGGAAUCCAUAAAUAAACAUACUUGAUGGCAAA